AUGAGCAUGGCAGCAGCAAAAUGCACGCCAGGGCUUGCUUCCACGUCGUACAAGCUCCCUUCUGUUACUUCAACAUUGCGACAUAAAGGGCACCGUAAUGCCCGCUGCUUCUCAUCCACGUGUCAACGAGCAGCCCACUCGCGCGAUCACUAUGCGACCCUUGGAGUCCCAAUCACAGCGACGAAGGCUCAAAUUAAGGCAUGGACACACUUUUACCAACUUAGCAAGAAAUACCAUCCUGAUGUGAGCCAGGACAGUACGGCACGGGGAAAAUUUCACGCAGUGAGUGAAGCCUACGCAGUGCUCGGGGACGAUCGGAAGCGGCGAGCGUACGAUCGUAGUAUCCACCACGCAUCACCGUCACAACCAUCCUCUCAACACCCACAAGCAACUACAACACGUCCAUCCAACCAAUCAGGGUCACGUAAUGCGUGGCAAAAUAAUCCACGUCAACAUCAGCACCGCGACCCCAAGUCCAGCCAUGCGCAUGACCCAAACGCAACUUAUGAUCACCCAUGGGAGCGUGCUCGUGCCGGCAAAUACACGUAUUAUCGACCUCCCCCGGAUGCUCAUUCGCGCACAUCCUAUACAUGGUCGCACACAAAUCCGUUUUCUAGCCCACACGUCCAACGAGCGACUGGUCGUAUGUCUGCAUAUCCACCACCAGGAACAGGCCCGUCUAGUGGUAGUAAUGAAGAUGUGACUAAAGGAGGACCACGACCGGAAAGAACGCAAACGGAUGAGGACAUAGCUGCAGCGGAGAGUGUUAUAGGGCGUGUGUUUGCGGUGUCUGGACUUUUAACUUGCAUGUUAGUGAUAGCCCAGUUUGCGGGUGCACCGUGGGGCAGUGCGCAUGCAUGA